AUCAUAAGAUCACCAACCCUUAAUCACUAUCCCGAGACACUCUUAAUUCACAAGACCACUCAUAUAAAUAGACCCAACUAAUGAAUCAAGAGAGAGAUAGAAACACCCUAGUUAAGGCGUUUCUAGCUCUUCCUUUCUCUCUCCUCUAUUUCCCGACGACAACGACGACGGUGAUCUAGGGUUUUUAAUCGCAGGAUGAAAAUAUUUGUGAAGACCCUUAAGGGCACUAGUUUCGAGAUCGAAGCGAAUAGCGAUGACACUGUUGCAGAUGUGAAGAAAAAAAUUGAGAAUGUACAAGGUGCAGAGACAUAUCCUGCUAGCCAACAAAUGCUCAUCCAUCAGGGGAAGGUUCUUAAAGACGGUACAACAUUGGAAGAAAAUAGUGUUGCUGAGAAUAGUUUCCUGGUUAUUAUGUUAAGUAAGAAUAAGCCUGCUGCAGCUGGAGCUUCAUCUGUUUCUGCUGCACCUGCUACUCAGGUUCAGCCUGAGAGUACACCGGCCCCUGCUGCUCCAAUAGCAGCUGCACCUCAAGCUCAGACACAAGCUGCUCCAGAACCAGCAACUGCUGCUCCUGCUACCUCAGGUGAAUCAGAUGUCUAUGGUGCGGCUGCAUCAAAUUUAGUCGCAGGAAGCAACUUGGAGAAUACAAUUCAGCAUAUUCUUGACAUGGGUGGAGGAAGUUGGGACAGGGACACAGUUGUUCGUGCUCUACGUGCUGCAUAUAACAACCCUGAGAGGGCUGUUGAAUAUUUGUAUUCGGGAAUUCCUGAGCAAGCUGAAAUUCCACCAGUUGCUCAAACUCCUGCAGCAACAACUGCUGCUCCUGCUCCUACUGGUGGGCAGGCUGGGAAUCCUCUUGCUCAAGCACCUCAACCAGCUGUGCCAUCUAGUGGUCCUAAUGCGAGUCCAUUGGAUCUUUUUCCACAAGGCCUUCCAAAUGUGGGUUCAAAUGCUGGUGCUGGCUCAUUAGAUUUUCUUCGUAAUAGUCAACAGUUUCAAGCAUUGCGAGCGAUGGUGCAAGCCAAUCCCCAAAUCUUGCAGCCUAUGCUUCAAGAACUUGGAAAGCAGAAUCCACAAUUAAUGCGUCUCAUUCAGGAUCACCAGGCUGAUUUUCUUCGCCUAAUUAAUGAACCUGUUGAAGGGGAAGGGAACUUGCUCUCACAGUUGGCGUCUUCAAUGCCACAAACUGUGUCUGUGACACCAGAGGAGCACGAAGCCAUUGAACGUCUCGAGGCUAUGGGCUUCAGACGGGCUACAGUCUUACAAGUCUAUUUUGCAUGCAAUAAGAACGAGGAGCUGGCUGCAAACUAUCUCCUAGAUCACAUAGACGAGUUCGAUAACGAAGAUGAAGAAGGCCUUCCUUGAAAUUAAUUUAUUGUCUUUGUUAUGUUCGACCUCCUCUCCCUCCCCCCUUCACCCUUGGGCAUACUCCUUUUUUUACUGCAUGCCAAUACAAGAUUCUUAAAUUUGUUCAGUUUUAUGUUCAACUUUUUAAUGUUUUCGAGCCGUCUUUUAUAUCUAAGAUAUCAAGUUAUUUUGAAA